UUGACAGGGAAGCAACGAUACGGAAGUACAGGUGGUUUCAGCACAUUAAUCAUCUUGUUUUCUUGCACUUCUUUCUUCAAUUCGAGUAACAUGGCAGGGACAUCGCGGCAUGACCGAGAAAUGGCAAUCGAUGCCAAAAAGAAACUGGUGGAUUGUUCAGACCCCAUUGAGCGCCUGAGGCUGCAGUGUUUGUCACGAGGAUCAGCAGGAAUAAAAGGACUGGGCAGGACUUUCAGGAUCAUGGACGAUGACAACAGUCGCACACUUGACAUGAAAGAAUUUCUAAAAGGCCUGAAUGACUAUGGUGUGCUCAUUGAGAAAGAGGAGGCAAUGAAACUUUUUCAGCUAUUUGACAGGGAUGGCAGUGGACUCAUUGAUUUUGACGAGUUUCUUAGCACUCUAAGGCCACCAAUGUCUAUUGCUAGAAAGGAGGUGGUGUUACAAGCAUUUAAAAAGCUGGAUAAGACAGGAGAUGGUGUGAUUACAGUUGAGGAUCUGAGAGGAGUAUACAGUGCUAAAAAUCACCCCAAAUAUCAGAAUGGUGAAUGGAGCGAAGAGCAAGUAUUCCGCAAAUUCCUGGACAGUUUUGACUCUCCAGAUGACAAGGAUGGGAAGGUCACAAAAGAGGAGUUUAUGAAUUACUACUCCGGUGUAACAAAAGAUGAAUUUUGGAACUACUAUAGUGGAGUCAGCGCCUCCAUCGAUAGCGAUGUGUAUUUUAUUUUAAUGAUGAAGAAUGCAUGGAGGCUAUGAGUGAUUACGCUUUUAAAUGGGUUGAUAAUGAUUAAUACUUUUUUUUUUUUUUAAAUAAAACUACUGUAAUUUAGAUAAAUGGUAAAUGUGAUGCCACUGAAAUGCGUUGGAAGGUUAUGUACACUGAAUAAUGGAAAUACUGUAGAAGCCUGAAUACUAAUAAUCCUGUGUAAAAUGUGCGAAUUUUGUUAUUAGUUGUUUAGGUUAAAACACAUUGUUGAAUCAUGUUUGUGAUAUUAGCUGUUGUAGAAGUAUUGUGAUUCACAUUAUUAUGCAUGUUAUGAAAGAUGUUGGUUUAUUUUACAAAAAAAGUGAUAGUGGCUAAUAUAAUGUUUUGUUUUUUACUGUUAAAAGAACCUCCCUUUUUUGAUGAACAGAAUACGAAACUAAAAGUCAAAAACAUAAAGUUGUUGACAUUAGUAAAUCAUUAGGCAUCAUGAACUAACAAUUAAUCUAUUUUUACAGCAUUUAUUAAUCUUGGUAAAUAUUUAUUUUUUAAAAAAUACAGUCGUUCAUUGCUAGUUGAUGUUUAUUCAUAAUGCAUUAUCUAUGUUAACACGUCAAAAUGUGUUAGUAUAUGUUGA